AACAUGCCACUGUUAAGAUCUGAUGUGCAAAGAGCGUGAGAAAUGCGUACGCGCGGCUGAACCUACUCUCCUCCUCCCUUGAAUCCGAUCUCACCAGAGAAACCAGAAACACACACACACACACACGAAAUCUUCGGGGGAGAGAGAAAGAGAGCGGGGAAUGCUCGCAUUGACUGGCUGUGAUUCAACGGUUGAUCGAUUGGGAGCGAGAGUCUAGGAUAGUGUGAGCUCUUCGUAGACGUAUAUGGGGGGUGGAACAUUUGUGGAUGGUUUUCGUCGCUUGUUUCACCGUCGCCCUUCAUCUUCAUCUUCCACAGUCGUUGCGAACAAUUCUAGCCGCACCAGCAGCAACGAUGGCCAGGCGUUGGUGACCGAAUUCCAAGGGAAGGAGGACGACCUUAGGCUUGUCGAAGACUUCGAUUUAUCUGGUUUGAAGCAAAUCAAAGUCCCCGGACGCGCCAGUUUCCUUCUCUCCUCCAUGGAUCCUCACAAAAAGAUGGAAACUGAAUUCUUUACCGAGUAUGGGGAAGCAAGUAGGUACCAAGUUCAGGAAGUUGUUGGCAAAGGGAGUUAUGGAGUUGUUGGUUCUGCUAUUGACGUCCACACUGGAGAGCGGGUUGCAAUAAAGAAGAUCAAUGAUGUUUUUGAGCAUGUCUCUGAUGCCACAAGGAUCCUCAGAGAAAUCAAGCUCCUCCGGCUGCUCCGCCAUCCGGAUAUUGUAGAAAUAAAGCAUAUAAUGCUUCCUCCUUCUAGAAGAGAAUUUAGAGAUAUAUAUGUUGUUUUUGAGUUGAUGGAAUCUGAUCUUCAUCAAGUGAUUAAGGCAAAUGAUGAUCUUACACCUGAGCAUUAUCAAUUUUUCUUGUAUCAGCUUAUUCGUGGCCUAAAAUACAUACAUACAGCAAAUGUGUUCCAUCGAGAUCUAAAACCGAAAAAUAUACUUGCUAAUGCGGAUUGCAAGUUGAAGAUUUGUGAUUUUGGGCUUGCUCGUGUAUCCUUCAAUGAUGCCCCUUCAGCUAUUUUCUGGACUGAUUAUGUUGCUACUCGAUGGUACCGUGCUCCUGAACUCUGCGGUUCUUUUUUCUCCAAAUAUACGCCUGCAAUUGAUGUAUGGAGCAUUGGAUGCAUAUUUGCAGAAAUGCUUACAGGAAAGCCAUUAUUUCCUGGGAAAAAUGUGGUACACCAGUUGGAUCUCAUGACUGAUCUGCUUGGCACUCCUCCUCCUGAAUCCAUUGCUAGGAUUAGGAAUGAAAAAGCAAGAAGGUACCUCAGUAGCAUGCGUAAGAAACCGCCAGUUCCUUUUUCACAGAAGUUCCCCAAUGCAGAUCCAUUAGCUCUCCGCCUUCUAGAAUGCCUUCUAGCAUUUGAUCCUAAAGAUCGACCAACUGCUGAAGAGGCAUUAUCUGACCCUUACUUUCAGGGAUUGUCAAAUGUGGACCGUGAACCAUCCACUCAACCCAUAUCAAAACUUGAAUUUGAGUUUGAAAGGAGAAAAUUAGCAAAAGACGAUGUCAGAGAGUUGAUUUAUCGAGAGAUUCUAGAAUAUCAUCCCCAGAUGCUCCAGGAGUACCUUCGUGGUGGAGAACAGACUAGCUUCAUGUACCCAAGUGGUGUUGAUCGAUUUAAGCGACAGUUUGCGCAUCUUGAGGAGCAUUAUGGUAAAGGUGAAAGAAGUACUCCACUACAAAGGCAGCAUGCUUCAUUGCCUAGGGAACGAGUUUCUGUACCAAAGGAUGAAACUUCUGAAAAUUGUGAGUUGGAGAUGAGAUCUUCGGCAUCUGUUGCUACAACCCUGCAGAGUCCAAAGGCAUCUGACGCAUCAGAAAAUGCAAAUACAGAUUUUCAAAAUGGUCCAAUGAAGCCGGGCCAUGGUGCUCGUAGUUUAUUAAAGAGCGCUAGCAUUAGUGCUUCCAAGUGUAUAGGCGCUAAAGGAAGAAAAGAUUCAGAGGAAGAAACUAUUGCUGAGCAAAAUGAGGAGGUUGAUGCAUUGACACAAAACAUAGCCAACCUCAAUGCCGGACUAUAGUGCCUUGAGUCGAUUUGUUUGGCAUUGGUGUAUGCCUUGCUCUAAUUUUCCUCCAUCACGCAGUUCAGUUGAUCUUCGAGAUGACCUGCAUCAAAUUUCUUGCCUUUGUUUCAGGUAGAAUCUGACAGUAGGACUGUUGUUGUCAUUACCACCUGUUUGUUUUUAUCAAAAAUACUAGGAAGACCAUAUGCUUGCCAAUUAUUGCCGUGUAUGUGGCUUGGAGACAGUAAAAUCACUACAUUUUGUUCCUGUGAUAAUUAUAGCAAGAACAAAUGUAACAUUACAUCUGUUUUUACUUCUAUAUGCAUAACUAUACAAGAUUGUCAGAA